AUGAGAAUGGUAAAACUUUCUUUGGGAGUGGUUUACUCUGCAUUUAAAUUAUUGGUGUCUAUCAGCCAGUAUGUUUUUUUAUUGUGGCGUGAAUCUGGUGUUGGUGUGUUUCAGCGACUGCCUGUGAACGAUCGUCAUCGCGGUCAUUCGUACACGGGAUUGUUCCAGUUCGCCACCACACCAACGCUGACGCCAAUAUCUCGAGUGGUUGUUGCAUCUGGCAAAGGUACCAUGAAAGGAGUAACCCCAUCAAGUAAAGGUUCUUCGUCAUUGCGUAGAUUGACCACUGGGGCUCGGCUCCGACCGUAUCCUUCACAAGGAGCUCGCAUUGAAAUGUCAGCAACAUCGGAUGCCCCUACAUCAAUCUACGAUCUUCGAUCUCGCUUUGCCCAAUGUGCGUCUAAGAGUUUGUUACCAGAAGUGGCACUACAUCUCCCACCUAACACUGAGGCUCUUGUGGGAAUCACAAGAUAUGUUACUUCAUGA